AUGUUUCUGCAUUGUCUUCUCACAGCAACCCUUACCAGCGCAUUAUUGGCAACUGCUGCAAAAGAAGAACAUCGUGAGACAGCACAUCCCUCAGCUGCUGUUCUCAAUGGUACCUACUAUGGGCUCCAUAACACACACUAUAACCAGGACUUUUCCCUUGGUAUGCCGUUUGCGCAGCAGCCAGUCGGUGAUCUACGUUUUCAAAUACCUCAGCAGUUGAACACCUCCUGGUCUGUACCAAGAAACGCAACAGAAUACUCACCCGCGUGCGUUGGCUAUAAACAGACGGAGGGCGCUUCUGAAGCGUGUCUCACUUUGAACGUCGUGCGUCCAGCAGAUUUCGCUCGCUAUGACAACCUUCCGGUUGCUGUCUGGAUUUACGGCGGCGGAUUUACUUCCGGCUCUUCAUCAAAUCCAGGAGACCAACGUUUGGCUCUACAUUGGUUGCAAGAGAAUAUUGCUGCAAUUGGAGGCGACCACUCAAAAGUCACAAUCUGGGGCGAAAGUACCGGAGCCAAUAGUGUUGGGACACAUUUAGUCGCUUACGGGGGUCGUGACGAUGGCCUUUUCCGCGCAGCGAUCAGCGAAAGUGGGGCCCCAAGCGUUUAUGCACGCUACCAGGCCCCUGAUGAUUGGCAGCCCUUUUACGAUGCAAUUGUGGAUGCGGCGGGCUGCAGUUCUGCAAAUGAUACUUUGGCUUGCCUUCGAGGGAUUCCUGAAAACAUACUACAUGAUAUUUUCGACAACUCCUCCAUCGUGCCUGUGCAUACGUUGGCAGGCCACAGCGGACCACAAUUCAUUCCAGUCAUCGAUGGAGACUUGAUUGAAGAGAGCGCCACUGUUCAGCUUCGAAAGGGCAAAUUUGUCAAAGUUCCUUAUCUUAUUGGUGGGAAUGCCGACGAAGGAACAAGUUUUGCCGUUAGGGAGUAA